GAAGUAUAGUUCUGUUUCGCACAAACAAUUGCUUAAUUAUAUUAAUUUGAAAAGGUUUAUGGACAAACCUCGAAACAAGCUUUGAUAUGUAUGUUCGCUAAAGCUUAGGGUUUUGUCAAUAUGAACGCCCAGGUCCUUAGCGACAUGUACAGGUUCUGGUUCAAUCUCCUUUCCAUAGAUUUCCAGUAACAGAAAUUAAUAGACGAAGAAAAUUUCGCAAGAGUUGUGGAACACGGUUAAACAAGAGUUUGAUCGUUUCUGGAUUAACCAAUAACAAAUUAUGCUAGCGCCAACUGGAUAUUUCUGAAAGGUUUUGAUUUACAAGUAAAGCUGAAGGUUAGCAACGCUUGCAUCGGUAACCUUAUAAGAGGAGGGAUAAGAAAACUUGUGCGUCCGCAUAACUUGAAGAUUUACCAGCUUGAGAACCGACAGUAGAUUAUUGAUACACAUUGUAAACAGUGCAGGGCCUAGUAUAGAGCCUUAAGGCCCGAAAUUCAAAGGCCACGGAUCAGAAAUGGCAUCCUCUAUUAUGGCGUUUGCCUGAACUGAGACAAGAAAGUCUCGAACUUAGUCUGAGUUUAACAAGUAGGCGCUCGUACUGGAUGCUAUCAAAUGCUUUUGAUAUACUUAACGACACAAUCCAUGAAAGUUACCCUCAUCCGUGUUCUGAAAUGUCGUUUGUAAAGCGAAGUAAGGCCGUCUCGGUUGAGUAAAAUGAUCGAUUCUGAGAUUUCUCCUGAGUUCUUUCAUGAGAAAGAUCCAUAAGAAAGUUAUCACGAUCUUAAUUCAGUCUUGUAGAUGAGAUGUUAGAAAUUUUUGUCAAUAGAGGCCUCUAAAACAUCCUUGAUGUAGACACAUACACCGCCGCCGUAUGGCCCACGAUCUUGCCGAAACAAUUUAUAUUCAGGAACUUGCAGUUCGCAAUCGCUGAUGGAUGGGUCAAGAUUCAGAGAUCGUUGAUACAUCGAGGCAAUGAUGGGUUAUGGUCGAAGAAACGAGAUAAAAAUUUUCCUCUUGCUCUUAUUGAGCGGAUAGUGAAGUAAGCGACCGUAGCAUUGGUCGCAUGUUGCCGGACUUUCUUGGGUAUCAAGUUAUUGUUUUGCAGUCCAGGUCUAGGUCGAGGACGGACGUAUCUAGUUCAAGUAGCGUGACUGCAAGAAGUUAAGAGUUGAUAAUGAGUUCUUCCCUUUGAAAGUCUCCGCCGUGGGUAGUAAUCCUUCAUAGAUGAGUGGGAUACGAAACUUCUUUACACUCGGUUUUCCGAAGUACAUUGAAAUUUCUACCAUACAGAACAACCCCAAGUUGAGUUGUCAUUGUAAAAUCAAGAGUAAGAAAGGGCAGCAAACAGAUCAUCGAGACGCGUCGCGAUUGAGAAUUGGCAAACUGUCUAAAUUUUAGGUCAGAUUCAGAGUCUCACACCUGUGGUUACUUAAAAGCUCUUCGAUUAGGCGUGCCAUACAGAGGAAAAGGUGGCGAAAAUUAAAUGGAACAUCCAACUUAUGAGAGGCUGUACAUGAUAUGACGGAGGCAAGAGAAUAUCAACAGUUAUUAUUCUCUUGACAGAAGUAAUUGCUGCCUGACCAGUUGCAUUUGUUUAUCGCCCCUCCCACUGAGACCAGCUGGUCUGAUACGCUUGGAAGCUUCUACAGGUACUACAUUCUCUGCUGACGCGUCUUCAAGUUCAGCAUGUUCGGUAUAAUCACCGGAGGAACCCGAGGUCUGGGCUUUGAUGCUGCUAAGGAACUGGCAAGCAAUGGCUACAGCCAUUUGAUUCUUACGUACAACGCCAACACAGAACGCGCCGAACAGGCCAAGAAGACCCUGGAAGAUAAACAUGGAGUCAAAGUUUUUGUCGUGAAAGGAGACCUUGUUAAACCUGAAGCUGUUGAUGCAAUCUUUGAUUGCGUGGAGAAGAAUUUCGGAAACAAGCUUAAUGCAUUAGUACACAACGCCGGAGCUGCCAUUGGUGUGUCAUCAGUAGCGGAAACCGAAGCAGCCAAGAAAGCGGCCGCGAGUUACAAAGAAACUAUCGCCUCUGGCAAAUUUGACGAUUUCGCCACUUACGACUACUUCCAAGAGAUUUAUCCAAAAUGCUUCAUACGAAUGGUCGAAAGAGCGAUAAAAAUCAUGGAAGAUGGUAAAGGUUACAUCUUGGCGGUAUCUACCUAUGGCUCCAACUGCAUGCAGACAGUAAAACCAGGCUACGCCAUAACAACUCAAGCCAAAGGAGGCUUAGAAUUACUGGUAAGUUGAUAGGGUGUACAACUACAAGAUACACUGUCCUUGUUGUGAGGUUUUGAAGCUACACCUUUCUCACGGAUGCUGAAUAAUUUAAGGGAUUCGCUCAAAAAUCUUCAAUUUUUUGUCUGCUUGGUUCAAUAAGAUAAUAUGGGUCUGCAUUCUUCAGUUGCCACAGAUGACUUUGAUAACUUAUGCCAUUCUAAUUACUCAUAUUUGCAUAAAUUGGACCCUUGAAGUUUCUUCGGUUCGCCAAAUUACAACAAACUAUUUCCUCUUUUACCAAAUACAUUAUGAACUGCUUAAUCAUAAAGUUGCAGGUAAUAAAUUCCAUUUUUUCUGCGGGAGAAAGCGUGUCCUUUUCCACUUAACUUCCGUUACAAACGAGGUCUAACAACUCCUUUUAACACUUAAACCCUCGGGCAAUAUUAUUGGUCAUACAAUAGCAAGCCUGUCAUCUACGUUUGCUUAAAAGACGCUGUUCAAAUAACUCUUAGUUUAAAGAAUAAAUAGAGGCCAGUGUUCAAUGUUUGUUACGAGGCGAGAGACAAAGAGUUUGAUACUCCCGUGAGGAUUCGAAUCAUAAGGCUUGCGUGACAAAUGAUGAUAAAUAAGUGUGUCAAUCUUACAUUACCGUUUUUGUCCCAGCAGUAAACAAAUGAGAAAAUUAGGUUUCGAUUAUCAAACCGCAACGGAAUCCCUCCUAGUGUCAGUUAAGCACCUUAUAAGUUUUGAAAAAUACUCGUACCAAGAUGGAGUGCGAUAAUCAUAGGUUCUUCGACCUCGAAAAAGACUUUGAGAAACCCAACUGGAAUGACGAUGGCUAGCAAUAGAGAAUAUUUACACAUUAUAAACGACAAGUUCGAAAAAUAUACUGAAGUUAACUUUUCCAAGCUAUACAAACAGUAAAAUAGCUUAAAAUAUUCUAAAACUGUACUUGCGUUACAUGAUCUGGCCAAUACAGGUGCGGUAUUACGCCCAAGCUCUGGCCCCCCGCGGAAUCACUGUGAAUGCCAUCAUUCCUGGCUACAUCUUAUCUGAUGCCUGGCAUCACAUGACUGCAAGUAAGGGUGGAAUUGAAAGCGAGGCUGUUCAGUGCAUGAUUCAAGGAUCUCCCAUGAAGCGGUUCGGGGAAGGUCGCGAGUUCGGUCACGUGACUGCUUUUUUGUGUUCACCCAAAGCCUCGUUCAUCACAGGGGUGUCAUUACCAGUAGAUGGAGGGCUCCAUCUUCAGUAACAGCGCUUGGACUUUAAAUAAACAUCACCUGACUUGUUGUCCGUUUCAGGAGAAUGGUAUUAGAUUAAAAAUGAUUUGGACAUGACGUAAGUAAGAAACUCAACGAGUGUUGCGCUCAGGACCAAUACAAUUAUCAGCUGAAUAAAAAAAAAAGUAUUUCUUUCAAGCAGUUAAAAAGCAAAGGAGCAAAUUUAUUUAUUGUCACAUAGCGGGAAAUGUUAAGAUUUGUCCAUGACAAAUGAGGGACAAAAACUAAUCUGUGUUUCCACGAGCAUCCCCUGUAGAAAAAGGUAGAGAAAUACGAUAAUUGUUUUUUAUUUCACCGUUAUUUCUCGCUUGAUCGGUAUUUCGACAAAUAUUAAUACAUUUCACCAUUAUUUGUUUUUCGAAACUUUAUCUCUGCUUUUCAUUUGCCAAUAAAGUUUCUUGUACUUGUUGAAUCUUGCUUGAUUGCACUCACCUGGGUGAGAAAUUUGUAAUAUAACUUUGAUGAAUGACAGAGGACAGACAUAUUGUUUUCCAUCGUUUCUUGUGAUUUGUUGGGUUAAACCACGUGUAUUCCUUUCUCAGUGUUUUCUUUUUCCUCAGGGAUUAGUUGUGGUGUAAAUUCCGUUUUAAGUUAGAACGGCGUUUUUCGACUUUCGUCUUCACAAAGGCCAAUAGGAAUAAAGGAAAUUUAUUCCCCUCCGGAAUAAAUGAUUUUAUGCGGCUUGCCUUGCCGGCUUGUUCCAGUACUGAGGAUCAUAUAACAUACGGGACUUGUAUGAGGGGCGUUUAAGUACAAUUACAGGCCUGGUUGCGGGCCUUUUUUCUUUAGUUACCAGACUGCAAAGGUUAUCCCUGCCUGUAUCCUACCAACUAAAUGUGGUAUAGAUUGGAUUCCUCUUUAGGUUUGGGCUGCGUCAUAGGUUUAACCUCAAAUUUGCUGGAAAUGAAUCAGGAUUUCUAGAUUCAUGUAUGUUGAUUUAUAAUUAGUUGCUAUGAAAUAAAUGACUGAAAGAAUGGCCACAAUCUCCCAGACCAUUGGUUUCAUUUUGUAUUUUCAGCUAACAGAGCUCAGCCUUGGAAAGUUACAUGAGCGGUUCAUUUAGUUUAAGCGAG